AUGGAUGAGUCAACAGAGGUUCGAACAGAUGGCAAUUCUCUGCUGAAGGCUGUCUAUUUGUGCCGUCUGCGUCUGACUCGGCUGCUCCUGGAGGGAGGGGCCUACAUAAACGAGAGUAAUGAACAUGGCGAGACACCCCUCAUGGUGGCCUGCAAGACACACCAUACAGAUUCACAGAGUGUACCCAAGCACAAGAUGGUUCGGUAUCUUCUGGAAAGUGGAGCUGAUCCAAACAUCCAAGACAAGACGGGGAAAACGGCACUGAUGCAUGCAUGUCUCGAACAAGCCGGAGCUGAAAUUCUCUCACUCUUGUUGAGCAGUGGAGCUGAUCCGACUCUGGAGGAUCAUGCAGGCUUAUCAGCACUGAUUUACGCUGUCAAUUCAGGCAACAGGGACAUCCUCAGGGUCCUCCUGGAUGCUUGUAAAGCAAAGGGUAAGGAGGUUAUCAUCAUCACCACCAACAAACUGCCAUCCGGCCAUCAGAUGACAAAGCAGUACCUCAAUGUCCCUCCACCUCCUGACCUUGAGGAGCGUCUGCAUUUCACCCCAACAUCUUUUUGUAUGUCUCCAUAUGAUUUCCAACUACGAACUCCUCCACAGGGCUCCUCAGCAAGUGCUUCCCCCCAACCUGGUAGCCCCCUUCUUGGCCCCAGAGAUCCCCAAUGUUUAGGGUCAGGACCUGGCCAAGUCACAUCUCGACCAGGCUCGCCAAUCCAACAUCCUAGUCCUUUACGUGUCCCUGGUGUGGAUAAGCGAAUCAACCUCCAGAGGCUACACUCAGAGCAGUGGUCCAAAAGUCCUUCCCUGCUGCUCCAGCAGAGCCAGGCCUCCUCUCUGACAGAGGAGCCAGUGCAAAUUACACCUGAGGAGGAGUUGUCCUUCAGAGUCAAUAAUCUCGCCUUCCAUGGAAGGCCUCCAGCUGUUUCACGCCACCACAGCAUUGAUGUCAAAGACACAACAGGGCUUCUGAAAGCACUAGAGAACAUGUCAGGAAGUGAGAAUAGGGGAGGGGGUGGAAAAAGAGGCUUUGGUAGAAAGAUGUCAUAUGACAGCACUGCAAGUUCACUACAUUCUGCUUCACACCCAAACUUGCAUCAAGACAGUCUCCCCUUCCCCCAUGAUUCCUGUCCUUUGGAUGAAGAUUCCUCUGACUGUCUCAGACAACUGAAUGUUUCCAGUCUGCAAAAUGUGGUCCGUCGUCGUAACAUUGGUAUUGACCACUACAGUUCUGACUCUCAGCUACCACAAUUUGGCAACCGAGACAAUAGCUCCAAGAAUAGUGGCGGAGCUGGAACUGGACCAGAAAGGCACAAGCUGGUCAACAGCAGAUCCUCCACUCUGUCAGGAUCCAGGGAGUCCUUAGAGAGCUCUGUCCAGAGGCGAGGAGCUGCUGGGCUGGAGCGAAGAGGUUCAGGGGCUCUCCUUUUGGAUCACAUUGCCCACACUCGCCCUGGAUACCUGCCUCCACUUAAUCCCCAUGCUCCGAUACCAGAUAUUGGGGUCAGCUCUAGCUCUUCCUACCCUUUGAGUGGAAGUAGCAAGACACUGAAUGGUGUUCUUACAGGUUCAAAGCCUAUUCUACCCUGUGCACCUAUUUUCCUGAGGGAUUUGAAGGCCAAGAAAAUGCUGUGGAGACGACACUCAAUGCAGAGUGAGCAGAUAAAUCAGCUGGUCAACUUCAAGGAAACUUUUGGCCACUAG